GGAAGAAUACACGAAGUAUGAAAAAUGAAAAACUCAAUGAAGAAUGAAGAAAAGUAGAAAGCAAGAGUGAAGUAGAAUUAAAAGAAUCUGGAAGAAUGAAUGGGUCCUAGGUUAAGUAAAUGUAUGGUUUAUGUUCCAGUGUCUGUAUGAUCAAGUUGUAGAUGAAUUUGCAUGAUUGCUUAGUUAAUAGAGAAUUGGUGAUCUGGUUCAAGCAGGGAUCUAUUUGAGGAAAGCAUACAAUAUUAACAGUGGGUUAGCAAAAUGAAAUUUGUUUUGGAGGGUAUUGCCUAACCAUUUGUUUUUCAGGAGCAAUCAAUAUAAUAGAAUUACUGUACUUUUAAAUGUUAGGAGUUAGGCAUUUAUACAACCAAUACCAUUUUUAAUACUGUCUUUUUUGUUAGGAGUCUCGCUCCCAGUCAAAAUCUCCAGCUGGGAGUCCUGCUCGUGUAAAAUCGGAGAGCAGGUCAGGAUCUCGCAGUCCAUCGAGGGCUUCCAAACAUUCUGAAUCGCACUCUAGGUCAAGAUCAAAAUCAAGAUCCAGGUCCAGAAGACACUCGCACAGACGUUACACUCGUUCCAGAUCCCAUUCCCAUUCUCAUUCCCAUAGGAGACGUUCUCGAAGCAGAUCAUACACACCAGAAUACCGUCGUCGAAGGAGCCGUAGUCAUUCUCCAAUGUCCAACAGGAGAAGGCACACUGGCAGCAGAGCUAAUCCAGAUCCUAAUACAUGUCUUGGAGUGUUUGGUCUAAGUUUGUAUACUACUGAGAGAGAUUUGCGUGAAGUCUUUUCCCGUUACGGACCUUUGACUGGUGUCAAUGUGGUUUAUGAUCAACGGACUGGACGAUCAAGAGGAUUUGCUUUCGUUUAUUUUGAGAGAAUUGAUGAUUCUAAAGAGGCAAUGGAGCAUGCAAACGGUAUGGAGCUGGAUGGCAGGAGGAUUCGGGUGGAUUACUCAAUCACCAAGAGAGCACAUACACCCACCCCAGGCAUCUACAUGGGCAGGCCAACACACAGUGGAGGAGGUGGUGGCGGUGGAGCAGGUCGUCGCCGUGACUCAUAUUAUGAUAGAGGGUAUGACAGAGGAUAUGACAGAUACGAAGAAUAUGACUACAGAUACAGGAGACGAUCACCAUCGCCUUAUUAUAGUCGAUACCGAUCACGAUCAAGAUCCCGUUCUUACAGUCCAAGGCGCUACUGAAGAUAGAAGAGUUACAGUUGAGGACAUGAUUUUUAAACACAAAAUUCAGAUCUUGGCUUCCCUACUGCUUUCUCUCCCAUCCUCCCUUCCUUGUCCUCCAUCCAGCUCUUUUACAAAUCUUUGGUUCAUUUAGAAUAUACAUAUUUUCAGUUGAAGUAUUCCUGUUCUCCAUCCCUCCUUAUUGUAAUACUCUUAAAUAUUGUAAUUGUUGUAGUUUUUGUGUAGUAAAACAUCUUAAGCAAAAAGAAGUAGAGAACUCAAAGUGCUGAUGCAUUUUGGAAGUCAUUCCUAUUUUGUUUUUAAAACAAUUGGACUCCUGACUAAUCAGAAGAGAGCGUUCAUAUUUUUAAAGCUUGCAUGUCAUAUGUAAUAUACACACUCAGAUACUUUAAUAUAAACCUGCAUUUCCAAGUAACUCAUUAAUCUUUCUGUUAAAAUGUUUACCUAUUACUUUGAUAAACAAGUAACGACUUUGAGCCUUUUCUGUAAUGACAAAUUUGCUUAGAUAGUCAUGAACCAGAGGAUUUUUUUUUUUUGUCAGGUAGUUGCUUUGAGUGUAGACUAUUUGAGCUAGAGCAAAAUUUGGUAUUUGACUGACUGGGAAAAUAGAUCCUUGUACACUCAAAAUUAAGGCUGUGUUUUAUAGAUAAAAUUUCUGGAUUGCUGCACAGUGGAUAACAUUUGAAAUCAAAACUGUAAAAAUCCUGGGGGUUUUAUUGUACUGGGUUGAAUAUUUCCCCUUAAUUGGUGCAGGAGGAAAAAUAUUUAUUGAACAUAGCAAUUAGUUGUAUAAUUUGCUGUUUGUUUAAAACAAAACAAAACAACAAAACCCACCAACUUUUUGGUGUUGCAAUAAUGAUUAAGCAAGUUUUGUUUCCAGUCCUUUUUGGAGUUUUGAAAGUAUGGAUGGAAAAACCUACAACAUGUAAACCUUUUUUUCCUCUCAAUAAAGGUUAAUUCCACUGA